AUGAGUUCUCAGGAAUUUAAACUUCGUAAGUUGCUUGAAGACGCAACGUUUUUCAUUAAAAAUGCUGAAGAGGAUGAAACUUUUAUCGAAAAGUGUAAAGAGUGCAUGGACUAAGCAGAUCUUAUCAUAAGAUAAAAUACUAGAGAAAGCUUUUUAGAGUUGUCAACUGAAGUUAUAGUAAUGUUUGCUGAAGUUGCCCUCCUAACAAACAGAAGAGAUGAUGAUGCCUAGAGGGAAAGAAAAAUAUCCUAAACUGGAUUAAAAGGUGAAGAUAAUUUGAAAUAAGUUUUGAACGCUUACUCUUUCAUUAAAAGAGCUAUAGAUAUCGCAAUCAAGCCAGAAAACAAAGUUAAAUACUAAUUCGUUGUGUACAAUGCCUCCAUCAAGACUUGGCAUAUAAUCAGACCUCUAAUGAAGCCUUAGUGGUCGAAAAAUCUAGUUGAAAUUAUUGAAAGAAUAUCAAAUCUUUUAGAAGAGGCCGAUGAUUCAGACUUUAAUUGGAGAUGCAGAUACUUAAAUGCUUUAGUCAAGGCUAUGUUUGACGCUGAAAAGAAACCAGAAGCUCUAAAGAUUCUCGAUAAACUCUGGGAUUUAACUAAGAAAAAGGGAGAAUGCAAGUUCUAAGAGACCUUAUUUAGAAAUAGAGUGCAUUUAUACAGAGAUAAUAAUGGUAUUCUAGGUAACAUCAAAAAGGAAACAGAGACUGGAGAGGAUAAAAAUGGCUUUAAGUCACUUUUAGUGAUUCAAUCAAUAAAAUCAGGCAUUUUGCCUGAGCCCUAAAUUGAAAAGGAACUGACUGCUAUAAUGGCAGCUUUAUGUCCCUCUAGCAUUAAUAAUGAUCCUGCCGCAGCUUAAGCUUCUACAAAGAUAUCUCCCCUAUUCCAAGAUAGACUUGCUGAAUGUGGUAGAUUAGCUAUUAAGUACAACCUUAUUUAACUUUGUGAGGGUGCUUGUAAUGUCAUAGCUAGAGCUAGAUAGGGUUCACUAAGGGCCAAAGUUUGGACUGAAUAUUCCAAGGCUGAGCUAUUAUUGAAGAAACCAACUCAAGAUAUAGAUAAGAAAACUGGUAUGAAGCUCAAUACCUUCCAAAAGUAAAUUGAAGAUUUCGAAAGAAGAGUUGAAGCACUAAAAAUUCUUGACAGAGCUAUGAUUUCUAAUAAAAGAUUAAAUGAUGCUGACAUCAUUAUAGAGGGUUGCAUCAUGAUUUGGAAUAUCGGUCUACCUUUACUCAAGAAAUCAACUAGAUCUCAUAUCUACAAGCCAUUUUAAUCAGCUGCUUCUGCAUUAGAGCAAAUUCAAUCCAAUGAUAACAUUCUUAGAGUUUGUCUCCUUCUAGAACUUGCAAAGUAUGAAAUUGAAUAGGAUUUCCUAUCUAAAGCCUCACUCUAAUUGAAGAAGGCUCUAGAUAUAGAUUAUUCUUUAACUUUGAAAUAGAUUCCCGGUGACCUCAAGGAAGACGAUGACCCAGGAGAUUUCUAAAGACCUUAUUAAAAAGUUUUGAAGUUUAUGCUAAAGAAAUUAUCUUUAAAAACAAAUCUAUAUGGAGGUGAGCCAGAAAGCAUUCAAGACUAGAUUGUACUUGAUGUUGAAAAUGCUAAAACUACUAAGAACUCAAAAAUGAGAGAAACCUUACUUGAGAAAGCAUUGAAAGAACUAUAGGAGUUUGAUGAGCCUGAAUUUGAAGUUGAUUCAGAUGCCAAUCUAGUAGAGGAAGAGAUUAAAAUAGCUUAAAGAAAAUUCCAUCUAGCAAAGAUAAGAGCACGUAAAGAAAGAGUUUUGAUUGCAACUGAAAUUUCAAAGUUAGCUCUUGAAGAAAUGUUAAUUGAAUGUGCAUUUAAUGCUGCAUAACUAGCUAUUCUUUAAGAAUGGGAUUCAUUAAAAAACACUGAUCUUAUCAUCGCUUAAUCUGAAGCUCAUUUCAUUCUUGCUCAAUGCUAUGUGGAAUACUUAUUAGAAGAGGAUAUUGAAAUCGGUUACAAAGAACUUAUUACUGUUGAAGAAGAUUAAGAUGAAAGAGAUUUUACAAAUGAAGAUCGAACAAAGUUCUAAAAUUGGAAGGCUAAAUUUACCUAGCAUAUUAUAUAGGGAGUUAAACUUGGUCAGCAGGCUUAACAAUCUUGGCUGGUUUUCAAUGGUGGAAUCGAGUUUUGGAAUAGCUAUCUGCCUCUUUUUAAAAAGCCAAAUUUCUUCGAACUUAUUCUUUCAGAAGGAGUUCCAGCAAUGAUUGAAUGCUACGAGGCUAUGAACAAUCAAUUCAUUAAUGCUUCUUUUUCUUCUGAAAAUGUUGAUUACGAGCUUGAUAAAAAGAUGCAAGCAUUUUCAAAUCUUUCGAUGAUGCUCGCAAGAUUAUAUGAAUAUCUUGGCAAAGGUGAUGCUGCUCUCUCAGUUUGCGAUACAUUACUUCUAAAGUAACUGCCAUCUCAUCUAAGAAAGACUUUUGAUUCAAUAAAAGCUAGAGUUUCAAAGAGUGUCUCAAAUCUAGGAUCGUUAGGAUAGCCUAAAGGAGGAGCUGCACCUGCAAAGGGUGCUAAAGAUGCUCCAGUAUCUUCAAACAUUUAUGUUCCUUCAAAAACAGAGAUAACUACGAGUGAAGUUUUAAGUUACCUUGAAUUGAUUUAAAAUGGUAACAAGGAUCUUAUAUAAAAGGCAAUGGAUUCACUCAACAUGUGGAGUCCAAAUCCUGCAGAAGAAAUUGAAUUGGAGCUUAAUGCUGAAUUAUGGUGCAGACUUGGAAGACUAGCAAUUAAUAUUAACACCAACCCAAUGAUUAAAGUUGGUCUAUAUUCAGCUGAAAAUGCUUUGAAAAAUGGAGAUGAUAAGGCUAAAAAUAAGUAAUACGGUAUGAUUCCAGUCACAAGACUAAGAUGGUACAGUGUAGCUGAGAGUCUUUAUGGUGAAGCAUUGUUUAAACUGUUAGAUACAUAAAAAUAAGAAAAGGAAUCCUAGGAUAAACUUUUGCAUACCUCAGUUUCGCAUUUCGUCGAAUCUUGUAGUAUCGCAGCUAAGGCAACUAUAGGAUAUCUUGUUCUAGAAUCUGCUAAGUUGAUGUGGAAUGCUCUUUUACCAUUACUUGAUGCUCCUAAUAACAGAAAGUAAUUAGUAAAACCCCUAUCGCAAGUACACACUUACUUGAAGACAGUUCAAGAGAAUAAUGAUCCAGACUUCUUAGUUCUCUUAUAUUCUGCAUUGUUCACUUGCAUUCAAGAAUAAAAAGAUUGGAAGUUAGGAGAGACUAUCACUGAAGAGGCUUUUCUUUAUAUGCCAUAGACUCAUUAAAAAGUACUCUGGGAAGCAAAAAUGCUCUUCUUAAGUAAACUAGGAAAGAAUGUGCUCAAUGCGAUUUCAAACAUGAAGGAAAACAAUGCCAGCUUAAUGGCAAAAGUUUGGGUCAAACUUGCUAGGUCCUCAUCAAAUGAACUAGAAUAACAUUCAGCAUAUAAUAAAGCAAUUGAAAUCUUAAGAAAGGAGGAGAGUGUUGAGGUAGUCGAGGUUCUCAUCGAGUUUGCUGAAUGGUUGUAAAGGCAUAAAUACACAACCUAGGAUGUUGAGGACUAAUUACUCUUAGCAGUUGAUCUAUUAAUGGAUAUUGAGCCUGGUUGGGACGAUGAGGAUGAUGAGGCUGCUGAUGAAGGUAACGAAGAUGAACAAAAGACUAGAAAAACAGGAAAAUCAAAAUCCUCCAGAAUGAGCAAGCAAUCAAUGGCAAAGACUAAAAUCUCAAAAGCAUAAAAGUCUAAUGCUAAAUCAAAGAUUGGCGGUCAAAGUAAGAAAUCAAGAGCAAGCAAAAGAAGUGCAGCUAUGAGAAGUAAAGCAGGAUCUAAGGCAUCAAAGAAGACAACCACAGCUCUAUCUAAGCGACAGGAGGAAGAUGCACAACCAAUGUUCUUGAAUUGCUCUCACUUUGAAAAACUUGUUAGAAUCCACUCAAUGCUUGCCAUGAUCGCUCCUGAUUCCUACAAAUAAAGAGAGUAUGCUCUUGAUGCUCAUUUCUUUAUUAUGAAAAUGUGGGAACAAACAUACUAGACUCUAAAUGCAGUAAUAUUCUUUGAAGAACACAAAACUGAAGUGGAAGAGCUAGGUUUCCAACAAAAUAACCAAGAAAGUAGAAGACAAUAUUUCUAUGAAAUUUUCACAAACAAUGAAAUAGGCAUUCCAAUCAGGCACGUACUUCCAGAAAAGCCUGAGGAUUGGGUUACAUUCAUAGCUCCAGAAGCUUUAGUAUCCAAGAGUAAGGGUCAUGAGGAUAAGCUUAUGAUAGCAAAAUGGACUUUUAUCAAGCCAGAGCUGACUUUCUACCACAUGCAGAAUAUUGCUUCUAUCCUUGAAGAACAUUACUUCAGUUUACAACUAUUGCCAGUUUUAGAGGUAAUUAAGGUUUUCUCGAAAGUUGUCUUUGAAGAUAGAAAGCUCGAGGAGAUCAUGACCUUGAAAAAAGCAAGACUUUUAUAUAACCUUGGACUUAAGAAUGAAGGAGAACAACUAAAGACUCAAUGGGAUAAUGAUCAUUACAGACUUACAGAUGAGGAAAAGAAAAUAAACUAAGAAAAAAUUAAAUCCUUAAGAGAUCCUACUGACAACUUGAAAGAAAAAUUCGUGUCAUUCCACUUUGAAGAUGAAUAUGAGCCUCAUGUUCUUGAAAGUUUGAAGAUUCAUGAAAUUUGGGUGCUCUAUGCUGAUGAAUUAUUGAAGUGGGGUGAAUUCAUAAGAGCUAAGGACUAUAUCCUUGAGAGCUAUAUGCAUGCAAGAAUUCUUAAAGAUCAAGACAAUUAUGCCUGGUCUUUAAUGAUGCUCUCAACUAUUGCCUUUUUGGAGGGAGAAUCAGCUUAAGCACUGAGAUGUGAUAUGCAAUGCCAUUAGUAUUGCAAGGGAAUGAAGCUGGUUGAAAAUGCUAUCGAGCACACUUUUAACUUGCUAAUGUCAUACAAUAAAUUCGAUGAUUGUCUAGCUUUGAUUAACCCAUCGCUUGACAUGCUAAAUAAUAUUCAUGAGAAGCAACAAAAGAUAGCUACUCAGACAUCAACCUAAAAUUCAUCAAAGGCUCUUAGUCAAAAUAAUAUGCCCUUAGAUUACGCUCUAGGUUCCUUAUUCAUCUUGAAGGCUAUUUUAAGUCUCAAGGAAUCUUAAACAACCAAAGUAAUGGAUGAAUCUGAAAGAAAAAUGGAGGAGAGCUUCUCAUUUAUUGAUAAAUACGAGAUUUUGAUAUAGAAGUCUGGAUUUAAAUAAGAUUAACUUAUUAAGCUACUCAAGUACUGCGCUAUCUUGCAACAAGACUUUGGAAAGCCAGUGGAGGCUGAUCUUAAGCAGAUUGAACUCAUUAAGGCAAAACUUGAAAGAUGUGCUAGAAUCUUAUUGAGAGUUUAAGAAGUGUUAACCAACCAAGUAUACUAUAUUGGUCUUUAGCAAGAAUCAGCUUAACUAAAAAUAUCCUUGCCCUUGGUUAGAUUACUGGGUAUAACUAAACUCAGACUAGCUUAAGUAAAUACCUCUAUUGGUGUUGUUAAGAACUCGAUCAAGCUGAGUUCUUCAACUUUAGGAGAUGACGAGAAAAAGCUCGAUAAAGUGAUUUCAACUUUCAUGGAUGCAGUCACCAAGCAGAUUGAGGCAUAAACUAACACGUAUAAGCAAAGAAUGAACAGAUACGAGAAGAGUAUCUCUAUUCUAUACUCUGCACUCAAUUUCAUUCAUCCAUUCUGCCCUGAAUAUGCAGAGGCUUUAGUUGAGAUUGCCAGAAACAGAAGACUAUUGGCUGUUAAUAAGAAGCAUCUAAGAGGCUAGUGGAGACAAGAUGCCAUUGAAGUCGAUAGAGUCAAUCUUAAGCAGUUGCAGAUUGAUGAGGAGAAGGACAGAAAAGACUAACUCGAAGAAAAAGGCUUAGUUGGUGAAGUCAGAGAUGUCUUUAUCGACUACAAGGAAGAAGCAUUGAAAACAUUUGUAGAUCUACUAGAAGGUAAAACAGAUGUAGCAGGGGACUCUAAAUCAACAUUCCAAAAACUGCUUGAUAAAUUCGGGGAGACUAUAUCUGAAAACUCAUUAGCAACAUUCGCAUUAGAAUACACUGAAUCUAGAGGAAACCUAAACAAGGAGCAAACUUUCUUCUAUCUAUCUCUCUAUCAAUACUCAAUCAACAGAUCUUUCCUCCUCAAGACCUAUUUAAAGGCCUCACCUGAAAAACAUCCAGAUAUCUUAAGAUUAAGACAUCUGAAGCACAUGCAAGAGCAUUUCAGUCAGUACAGUUCCCCUUAUCUCCCAAAGCAGUAUCAGAGAAUCGAAGAUGACUUGAAAGAAAACUCAAAGCCGUUCAAAAUAAUCACAAGCUACUUCCCAAUUGAAGAGCUUAAAGAAAAUUUGCCACAUUCUUCAGCAUACUUAGUCCUUUAGCUAAGUGAAGAUAAGCAACAUCUUUACUAUUCGAUUAUGCAAAUCACUAAAGAUAGAAGAUUUAACUAUUUGGCUUCAAAACUUACACUAUCAGACAGCAACAGAGAUAGACUGUUCUAGAUGGUUGAUACCUUAGCAUAGAACAAAUUAGCCAUGCAAAAGACACCCAUUACAAUUGAAGAGGACCUAGUAAAUCUUGAAAAUGAUGCAGAAUUUGAGAUCAGCAAAAUUAUCAGAGAACUUGAGGAAUUUUUUGAACCAAUGAUCCAGUAAUUGCAUGAAUUCAUCAAUCCAGUUCUAAAGUCGGAGGAAGAAGAAAAUGCGCUUUAACAGCAAUAAGCAGCAGGAGGGAAAGGGGCUGCUGGAGGCAAGGGAGCCCCAGCUAAAGCAGCACCAGCAAAAGCUGCUCCAGCUAAGGCAGGAGGCAAAGGUGCUCCAGGUGAGUUGCCUUCUUACGAGUCUAACUUGCCUCUCCCGACUUCAGGAAUUGAGAGUCUUGUGCUUUUGAUUGAUCACAGAAUUGAAUCACUGCCAUUCGAGACUUUUAGCUCAUUCUCCAAGGUUCCAGCUGUCUCCAGAGACUUCAACUUGCACUUUUACAUGAACAGACUGAAGAACAUCGGCCACUAGGCUCUACUUCAUAACAAUUUAGGCAUCUAGAAGGAAAGCAUGAAGUAUAUUAUUGAUGCACCACAGCCACUUGAGGAGAAGACUCAGCAAUAUGUAAAUCAAGAAAUGCCAAAGCUCCUCGCUAACUCUAAAUGGGAGGGGCUCCUCACUAAACAACAUCAUAUUCCUAGUGAGGGUGAAUGGUAGCGACUUAUUUCAAAUUCCUCACUAUUCACAUACUUCUCGAUGACUUCUAUUGUUCACAAGUUCCCACCAUCCCUGAUCAGUGAUCUCUCUAUCUUCUCAAAGUGCAAAGCCAUGAUAAUAAUAGACAGAAUGAAUUCCUUCAAGACUUUGAUUGAUAGAGGAGUGCUGACAUCACAGCACUACAUUCCCAAUGAGUAGCCAUUGCAACAAGCUGCUUUGUUCUCGCUUUGCGGUAUUUCAACUAUCAUGACAAACUUAUGGGCUAUCAAGCCAGAAGUCAACUUCGAGAUAAUGCAGAAUAUUUUGAAGACUGCUUGUGGAGAAUAGAUAUACUUGGGUGCUGCUCUGAGAAAGUACAAGGAUGACGCUCUGCCAACUGCUCAUGAGAGAAGAAACAUCUACAAGCACAACACAGUCAUCUAUGGAGUCCCUAUAAUAAGAAUCAUUUGA